AUGGAGUUAAAUAAGAUUGUAUCAACCAUUGCUGCUCAUUUCUUCUUCAUGGUAGCCUUCGCCAGCAUGUCAUCUCCCAUCUCACUUGCCCAAAACUCACUGCAAGACUACUUAAACGCCCACAAUGCAGCCCACGGGGAGGUGGGCGUUGUGCCCAUGGUUUGGAACGACACGGUGGCUGCCUAUGCUCAACACUACGUGCUGGUGAGGGCUGCUGAGUGCAACUUGGAGCACUUGUAUGAAGACCCAACAAUUCUGUCAAUUCAAUAUAACCAUUCUUUUCCUCAGAAUUUUGAAUCGUCUCGAUCGGAGCUUGGACAAGAAAGUUACGCUCAGAUUACAGAGUAA